AUGGUAAAUUCACAGUUUCAAGUGCUUGGAAAAGAUCAGAAGCUCCCAGUGGAUGAUGUACUUGCAAGAAUGGGGAUAUCCAUAGUAUCUAAUUGGAGUUGUUGCUCCCAACCACAACAAGAAACUUUGGAACAUAUUUUCCUAACAGGAGACUAUGCAGCAGCAGUGUGGAAAGUUUUUACAGAUGCAGCUGGUAUUCAAGGACCUUUUGUGCAGGGUUGGUAUAAGUGUAAUAGUGAUGGAGCAUCUAAAGGAAAUCCUGGCCCCAGCUCAGCAGGCUUUUGUGUUAGAGACAGUCUUGGAGAUUUUAUAUAUGCCACCACAAGGAGAGUGGGAGAUAUAAGCUGUCUAGUUGCUGAAGCUAAGGCAAUGUAUGAUGGUUUGGUUUAUGGUGUAACUAACCAGCUAUUGCCUCUUUAUGUUGAGUCUGAUUCUUUGAGCUUAGUGAAGAUGGUAGAAGGUACAUUAUGCUUUGCUAACUUCAUGGAGUUACCAGCAGCUGCCAAAAGGAUGGUAAACAUUGACAAAAUGCAGAUGCCAUCCUUCAGAUUCAAGCCAGUGUUUGCUAGAGAGCCUGACUGA